AUGGCCAUGUCCAAUGAGACCUCUCCUGUGACGGAGUUCCUUCUCCUGGGCCUCUCUGCCCAUCCAAAGAUGGAGAAAACGUUCUUAAUGCUCAUCCUGCUGAUGUAUCUGGUGAUCCUGCUGGGCAAUGGGGUCCUCAUCCUGGUGACCCUACUUGACUCCUGCCUGCACACGCCCAUGUACUUCUUCCUGGGGAACCUCUCCUUCCUGGACAUCUGCUACACAAGCUCCUCAGUGCCCCUCAUCCUUGAUAGCUUCCUGACCCGCAGGAAAACCAUCUCCUUCUCAGCCUGUGCAGUACAGAUGUUCCUCUCCUUUGCUAUGGGAGCCACGGCGUGUGUGCUCCUGAGCAUGAUGGCAUUUGAUCGCUACGUGGCCAUCUGCAACCCUCUUAGGUACCCCGUGGUCAUGAAUAAGACUGUUUUUGUACCCAUGGCUGCCGGUUCCUGGGUGGCUGGUAGUAUCACCUCCAUGGUACAGACAUCCCUAGCAAUGUGACUGCCCUUCUGUGGGGAUAACAUCAUCAACCAUUUCACCUGUGAGAUCCUGGCUGUCCUGAAGUUGGCCUGUGCCAACAUCUCCAUCAAUGUGGUCAGUAUGGCCAGGGCCAAUGUGCUCUUCCUGGGGGUUCCAGUUCUAUUCAUCUGUUUCUCCUAUGUCUUCAUCAUUGCCACCAUCCUGAGGAUACCCUCGGCCGAGGGGAGGAAAAAGGCCUUCUCUACCUGCUCUGCCCACCUCACUGUCGUGGUCCUCUUCUACGGGACCAUCCUCUUCAUGUAUGGGAAGCCCAAGUCUAAGGAUGUGCUGGGUGCAGAUAGGCAAGACCUUGCAGACAAGCCCAUCUCUCUCUUCUAUGGGGUGGUGACCCCCAUGCUUAAUCCCAUCAUCUACAGCCUGAGGAACAAGGAUGUGAAGGCUGCUGUGAGGAACCUGCUACUUCAGAAACGCUUCACCCAGUGA